GUGGGAUUGCGGAAAAAUCCGAACUCACACGACGAUAGCGAGCGAACGCGAUCCUUUUGUUAUGUUUGAUAUCGUUCGCUGCUGGCUGGUCCACGGAAACCGGGUUGUGGGACAUCCCGUCAUUGCAGUGGCGAAUGGAAAUUCAGUAUUUUCCUUGCGAGCGAUCCGCGAGCAUCUUGCACAGUGGCAGGUUCUCCCGCCGUUGCUUUCGUGGCGCGAUUCCGACAUUAUUAUCUGCUAGAAUUUGAGGGAUUACCAGACGAUUGGACAAGUUGAUAAGCUGGAUAAAUUUGCUGAACGGAUGAAAUAAUUUUCCAGCGUCUUAAGACUUCAUACAAAGAAACUGCAACCGGAAUCGAUUUUCCUACAAACUUUUUUGAACUUUGGAUCCGAGAAACUAUAUACAGUGCUCCAGUGAGAUACACUAUCCUAGCCGAGAUUUUCCUCGCUUCUGUUUUAGUCGAUGUUCUGGAGUCAUCCGGUCUUCCCAUAUAUGCAGAGUGCGAGAGUGAGAAAUUUGAGCAAACAGAACAAGUGAAUGAAGAAUAACUUCAUUCACCGAGCAUAGGCACACACAGUGUGUAGUGCUGUCCAUAUUCAGCAAGAAAUCGGUGAAGAUGAUUAAUGGCUUCGGUGGCCAAGACAGCUACCAGGACCCCAAUUCGUCGCCCUGUCAGUGACAGGCUGGUCGUGGUUUGAUCCUUUUUCUAGAGUGACGGCAUUCGGUAAACGUGCUAGGGAAGAGAGUAUUGACCAUUGUCGAUGUGGAAUUACUUAUCAUUGAAGGAAUGUGCUGAUGUGUAAACAAUGUGAACUACAGAACCAAGAAUAAGGAUUAGGUGAAAGUGGAAAUUCCAGCCGAUGGCGAAAGGUUAUUGACAUACCGACUGGUGAAAGUUGAAGGUCGAUUGUCAUCGUUUCCUCACGGCAAAAAGGGAUUAAUGUUACUGAAUUUGGUAUAUUUUGAAUGCUUUAUAAGAAGCAAUAAAAGUGUGGUUCAACGAUACAAAUCAGUUUGCCGCAACCAUUUAUCACAUUGAUCGUAAAUAUAGACUACAUAUAAGUGAAGAAGAUUAAUGAUAAUGGAUCUGAAAUAUAAUGAAGUAAUAAAAAUGUGCAAUUGUACGUCGACGGUCAACGAAAAGUCCAGCAGAAGAAUGUAGAGUUCAAUGAAAUAUAAAAUUAAAUAGAAACAACAAAUUGCCAACUAUACUACUCCUAAGAGGAUCCGCCAGGGAAAAAAACCGUGCAGUGAAACCCAAUUCGACAGCAGCAGCUGAAAUUUUCGUCGUGUGUCCUAGAUGUGUAUAGUUUGUCCGUGUGCAUGUUGUUCCAGUGGUAAAUAUUUAUAACCGGAGAGAUAGUCGGUUCGACCCACAAAAUAGUUGCGCUUGCAGUCGCGCUACCACCGAGCAGUAACUACCGAAUAAAAAAUAUAGUAUAUUCUCGAUCCCUGCUACAACCAGUGUGACACAGAUUCUGAGUUGGUCCUCUGCUGUGCUAAAUGUGCGUACCGAAAUGUGCACAAAUGUGUGCUUGUGAAAGUGAAUGUGUGCCAAAAUAGAGAGCAGUAAACGAGCAGCAACAAAAAAUCACGCCAAGGAAAAAGGAUUCUCAAAUUGAGUUCAUUGAAUAAAAGAUUCAACCUCUGGAGCAGCUGAAAGAAAUCAGUGGAAAUCUUGGUGUAUGUGUAGCAGUUGGUGUGCAGGAAGUGUAUGUGCCAUCAGUGCAGCGUGGCUCUUGCAGAAAUUUGUCGGGAAAUGCGGAAGAGCACAAGGAUUGCUUAAAGAGGAUUAACAUUUUAUUGAAUAGAAACAAAAGUAUCGCCCCUUCCGUGCACCGAUCUCCAUCAUUUGGAGGGCUAUAACGAGAAUAUACACGGCGGCGACUGAGUGAGCGUGAUAUUUUUCAACGUUCACAAGAGGACACCACGAAACGAAAUCUCAAAGGAUUUACGGUGAAAAUUCAGUGGAUUUGCGGUGAAAAUAUUUUCUGUUUCCCGAAGUGUUCUAGAAAGUAAUUUCAGACGAAGCGAGAGAGAGGGAAAUAGCGAAAUGUGUGUGACAUCGAACGGAUCGGUCUUGUGCGAAACCGCAAUCAUCAAGAGCGACGGCAUCAAAAGCACUGAAACCAAUAAUCAGAGCAGCAACCAGCGCAACGCCAUCAACAGCAACGGCAGCCAGAUGACUCCGAUAGAUUGCUUUUCGCGACUCGUUCCACUUCGACGGUUUGGUGGACGAUAUCGAAGCUUCGAUUGCGUCCUGCCCGCGCUGGUCGACUACUGCUGCCUGUUGCUGCUAUUGGUGGUUUUGCUAGUGCCGACGACAGAUGCGGCCAUCUCCAGCAGAGGUAGCAGUAGUAAAAGUAUUUCGUCGUCAAACAACGGACUAGUGCCACGGUUUAUUUCACGAGGGCACACGUACCGGGCGGUCGUCGGAGACACUCUGGUGCUACCAUGCGAGGUCGAAAAUCUAGGCACAUUAGUUCUGCUGUGGCGACGAGGCACCAAUGUGCUGACGGCCUCCCAACUGAUGGUAACCCGGGACGAACGGAUACGACUGGUAAACGGUUACAAUCUGGAAAUAUCGGAACUGGAACCCCAGGACGCUGGCGACUACGUGUGUCAAAUCAGCGAUAAAAUCAACAAGGACCAAGUGCACACCGUGGAAAUACUUGUUCCUCCCAGUGUGAGGGUGAUACCUCCCAGUGGACAGCUAACGGCUCGAAAAGGUGGCGUGGUAACGCUGGAAUGUAAAGCAUCGGGUAAUCCGGUGCCAUCCAUCUACUGGACUAAAAGGGGUAGUCCCGUCAAAGUGGCCAACAAAAUCGGCGAAGGCCCAAUUCUGACCUUGGAACGAGUAGAACGACAGCAGGCAGGCGUUUAUCAGUGCACGGCGGACAACAAUGUCGGUGAUCCGGUGACCGUCGACAUGCGACUCGAUGUGCUGUAUCCACCGGACAUCAGCGUCGAUAAAUCCUGGAUUCAUUCUGGGGAAGGAUUCGAAGCGCAACUAGAAUGCAUCGUCCAUGCAGAUCCGCAGCCUUCGGUUUCGUGGUACCAGAACUCAUUUCCCAUUCAACCAACCGACAGACGGACCAUGUCGUCGAGAGGAAAUCGACACACACUGUCUAUCCGCCAUGUGCAACAAGAGGAUUUCGGCAAUUACAGCUGUGUCGCGGACAACACUCUUGGUCGGUCGAAGAAAUACAUGGAAGUUUCGGGCCGACCAGGGCCAGCUGAAUUUGUGUCCCCACCGUGGAGUCGAUCGCCGGAUAGCUACAACCUAACCUGGAAAGUAGAAAGCUAUCCACCGCUGUUGGAAGUACGACUUCUGUACCGAAAACUUAUGAUGAAUGAGACUUUUCAACAACCUGGACGAUGGCACGACGUUAUCCUGACUCCAUCUGCAAGACCAAUUACAGAGCCAUUAACACAUGUCAUGGCGUUCACUCUUCGAGGACUUCAGCCGAGCUCGGUUUAUGAGGCAAUUGUCCAAGCGAAAAACCGUUACGGUUGGAAUGAGGUUAGCGAUAUUUUCCAAUUCUACACCCAACGAAUAUCGUCUGACGUUCACUCUGAGGAAAUGCAGGUUGCCAGCUCAACUUCCCGAAGUAGUGCAACAUCGCUGCAUCCCAUAUGUCUGCAAUCGAGUAGUUUAUACUUAAUGUUCGCCGUCGUUUGUUGGCUUCUAGGAGUACACUGCAGACUACAACGAAACCCAUAAAAUUUAAGCAAUUAGGUAUAAAGUAUCGAAGAUAGCGGCGAUAGUAGGAUAACCCACCAUCACAAAGAGAUCGAUACUCAGUAACACUGCGUUCUCUAUGUACAUUUUCAUUGCAGAUUUCCUCGUACCUUUGAAUCAUUUUCCUCUUAGUUGUAGAGAUAGAAAAAAAAAACACUCAAACAAGAGCUCAAUUUUGUAGCUUUCGGACAACGAUCUAUCACUCAUCAAACAAUUCAGAACGAAACUCAGAUUGACUUACAGUAAAAUUAGACAGCUACAGAAAAAGUCUCUUGAAAAAGACUCGACACUGUUAAAUGAAGCAGUUUAGAUUAAUGUGUCACUACCAUUCUCCUCUUUUAAUAAUUCACCAUGUCAUUCUCUGGAGAACUUGUAGUAAAUGACUUUGUACAGUAAACUAGAACCCAUUUAAUUCCGAGUACGUGUUCCAAAAGUAAUCGAAAAAUUGAGAUUCGUUGCACCACAUUUUAAUUACACUCAUUCUUCGUAACUCCCAACCGACAUCCAUUUAUACAUCAACCAUGGCUUGAAUCUAGGAAAAAAAAAAAAGUUUGCUCAGUCCAUCGAUUUUCAAGGCUCAUUGAUCGAACUAAUUAUUGUUUUUAGUGUCAUGUGGUUGAUCAAUGGUGAAUUUUUACCUAGAAAAAGUGAUGCCGAAACAUGCCUUUGAAGCAUGUUGGACUGCAUACAAAUUUGCCAAAAAUAAUGUGAAUAACGAUGUUACACAAAGUUUUCUUCUUGUCCGCGACAUUUGAUUUGCAAAAGUAUGAAGCUUUAAUUUGUAAAAAAUAACAAGGCACUACAACCAUUCAGCAUGAAUGCUGAAGCGAAAAAAAAGUCCGAUUCUGUAUAUGAAUGUGUGUGAUCAAGCUUUGCUUUGAUUUCGUGAAAAUUAAUCCGAUCGAAGGGCUAACAUAAGUUUUAGGACAAAAAUUAAAAAAAAAAUCGAAGUAGAAAUAGACGUAGGAAAAGUCUGAUCGUUACUUUCAUCUUUUUUAUUCUCACCGCUGAUAGGAUUUGUUUUCAGCACCAGUAUCAUGCCAGAUGUACUUGUUACUACUUUCAGUCUUGAGCACCCAUGGUGGUGCAGAAGGCCGAAUUGAAAGAUCUCCAUCCUGGGCGAUUGCCAGCCAUCACCUUGACCUGUGGCCAGGCUAAAUUUCUGUCGACUUCCUUUAUACUCAUAUUGAGGCUGCGCCGUCAUGAGCCUCUGGGUCUGCCUUUGCUGCGAUGUCCUGCUGGAUUCCAAUCUAACGCAUGUUAACGCAAGGUUAAAGAUUUCGUUCCCGCUCCCACGUAAAGUGUGGCCGACAAAAUCUCCACUUUCGCUCCCGAAUUUCUGUCGCUAUCGGCUUUAUAUUACAUCGACGAUAGAGCCCACGAAUUAUAUAUCGCAGACACCUUUUGAUGAACACCUGCAGCCGUUGAGCGUUCUCCACUGAUACAUACCAAGUUUCAAUUGCGUGCAGCAGCACAGAUUGCACAUUCGAGUUAAAAAUUCAGAUUUUGGCGCGUCGACUAAUCUGAUUGUUUAUUUCAUACAUCAGCCAGAUCGAAGUCAUUUAGGUGCUCCAUGGUAAUGGGCUGCCACUGCUACCCAUGAUUUGGUUCACGAUCAAUCGCAUCUACAAGGAUCUCGUCACCUCGGUCGAUAGCUUUUUCGUAAUCAAUGUACACCAAGUAGAGAGAUACUUGGAAAUCAUCGAUUUGCUCCAAGAUGAUAGGAAACGUGACAAUGUGGUCCAUACAGGAUCAUCCGGCACGGAAUCCUGCUUGCUGCCGCCGGAAAGUUGCGUCAAUCUUCUUCUGUAUGCGGUUAAGGAUCACUCUGCAGAGGACUUUGAGAACGAUGCACAGCAACAUGGUACAUCGCCAAUUAUCGCAUACAGUCAGGUCGCCCUUUUUGAAUACCUUUACCACAGACAAACAGACGUAACACUUGCGAAAUUUACAUCGACCACGCUUUUAACGAUCCUUUUAAAUGUUCAUAGUUGUGGCUUCCACAACCAGAAGCUCGCGCAUCGUUUUUCUAUGCGUUUGACGUUUCACACUAGCGCCUUCUGUUGACGAUAUUGCACAAUACAGUGACUCGUACAACUUUUCCACCAGGUGAUGGUAGUGCGAACUGGUCGAUGGAUUUCCAUGAAAAUCGUUCAAGAUGUUACGUCUGUUUGUCUGUGCCUUUACUAAGACGCCUUACAUCCAGUCGACCGGAAAUGUUGCGGUUUCCCAUAUGUUGCAGAAUAGUUGAUACAGCAGUUGUGCAGAUACUACGGGGCCGGCUGUUUCUAUCUCCUGCAAUGAUGGAACUUCGGUGUUGACACGGGUAAUGCGUCCAACCAUUGGUGGAUCAUGCUGAGUUGUAGGUGACGUGGCCGACACUUGAAAAAGGUUUCCAAAGUGCUCUAACCAGCGUUUCAGCUGGUCAGCCGGGUCCGUCAAUAGAUGUCCAGAUGUGUCUUUCACGGGCAUCGUAGGAUUCACCUUAGCCCCACAAGGGUGACGUGAAACAUUGAAGAAGAGACGAAUGUCGUCGGUAUUUCCGGCUUUCGUGCCUUCGUCGGCUUCGGCUAGGGAGUCCGCUCAUGCUCGUUUGUCCAGUCGAGCGUUUCACUUAAGAGUCGAAUAUCGCUACGGGCUACUGCUUUGGCUCCUCGUGUUUUCGCUCACUCUAUCGCGGCUGUCAUCUAUGAUCCUGUGAUCUGUAAUAUAGCUUCCGGUGGAGAAGCAUAUCGUACUCAGCCGCUGGAUGCCAGAACAAACGUUGUUUGAGCCGCAUCUCCUUGGUGCACAGAUGUUCGGGACGUACCUCCUCAAUCUAGCUGAAGUCAGAAGGACAACGGUGCCUCGGCUGCACUACCAGCUAAACACAUAACUCUUAGUUGGCGGUCUUUGUCAUCGCUUGACCCGUGGAAGUAUAAGGUAAGAACUUGUGAGGAUCAGAGCUAUGUUGGACGCUCACCUUAUCGACUCACCUUUUUGCAGCCAGCUGGCUAUGAUGCUGUCAUCCUUUGGUUCGUCCUCGGCAGAGUUAUUGUCAGGGUGGCGAUCUUCAUGACCGCUUAGUUGUACUAUCUGGAAACAGUCUAGACCAGGAUCACUCGGAUUAGACCAACCUUGCCUAUCACGGAUUAGGCGAUCCAUUUUAAUGGUCUUUAUUGCAGUGGUCAAGUGGUCGCUUGUCCCAUGUAGUCCAAUUGCUUACAACGCCAGUGGUCUUGAGCCGACUUCUUCAUCUCCCUCAAACGCGAGAAUCGUUUCAGAUUGAUUCGAUCAGAUCGAGCUCAGGGAUAGUCGCGAGAGGUUCACAAGGGACAAGGGAAUACGUUGGAGUGAGGGUGGAACGAUCGUCAGGAGAAUCUGUAAGCGGAGAGAGAGAAGAUAAAAACUGAAGGACAAAGAUGGUCUUGAGCUGGCCCACGGUGAAUAAGCGAUUGACAAUAAUGCGACGGUAGUGGUGCUUGAAGGACUUGAUUCCUGCCUCCCUGAUACCGCUGAAGUGCGGUGAUCGCUCCAGGCUUAAGCGACAAUUGAUUCUACUCUCCAGGCAAAAGUUUUUCCAGUCCACGGACCGGAAUUUUAAGCGAUACUUUUCUCGCAUCGCGCGGAAUUCUCGGUCUGCCUCGACAAAAGCAGUCACUUUGUUACAGUGUAGUUCGAGCACUUGACCGUGACAUGCUAUAUUGCGAAUAACGACGUCGCUAACAUGAACGUGCAAACGACAGAUCGGCGACUACUUCGAGAUGCACGGCUUCCAAGCACACGAAAAACCCGACCUAUGUAAUGAUCGAGGAGUGCAAUAAUCUGCUGUGGACUGGCCAAAAUAGUUGACGGAUUGUAGCGAGCGUGAGCGUUGAACAGCAAUGAAGUUUUCGGGUAUGGCUGGGUUGGGCGAUGAGCAAUCUGAGCCGGUGAUCAGCUGCGUGAAGAAUCGAGUAACGAGUAUCAUAUAGUAUCAUAUAGUAACGAAUCGAGUAACGAGUAUCAUAUAGCCAUAUAUCAUAUAGUAUCAUUAGUAUCAUGUUUGCUAAUCAUUCUCAGAGCCGGUGUCAACCGAAUUGAUCCAUGAACAGCUCUAUGUUCUUGAGUGGUGAUUUCGAUGUUGCAGUCGUGGAUGGGACGCUUUAAGGCAGCGUCCAUUUAUUACGUAACGUUAAAAUUGGCAUUUUUAGACCCCCCUCCCCGCUCCGUAACGCUUUUUUGUAAGAAACCCCGAAAAUUUUUGUAUGGACCGUAACGCUCGGCCAUACUCCCCUCCUCCCCCUAGAGCGUUACGUAAUUUGUGAACGGCGCCUAAGCGCUGUGGCAGUGAUGAACUUCAGCAUGGAAGGACGCUAGCAGGUCUUGUCGUAAAUACGAGAAUAUUGAGCGCCUGUUACCCUUCCUCUGGAGCUUUGUUUUAUGGGAAAAUCUGUAGCAUCGUGCUACGACACGGGUUGGCUUGGAUAGAUCCGUGAAUCGUUAGCGCAGUGUAGGGUCGACGGUGGUGCAUGACUGGGCAGUGGGCAGGCUCCUUGCUGCCCAGGAAGUUGGAAUCCGGCAUGUCCAAUAUCGAAACCACACACUUAGGCCUACUGCCGACGGGCUCUUCAAGGAAACUCUGUCUGGUCUGCUGGAUUCAUUUCCGACAGAACGUGCUUCCAAUCGCAGUCCUAUGAGGCGUUAAAUUUCCGCAAUCCGGUUUGAGACGACAACCUUCCAGACACCUGCGCCUUAAUAUAGUGAAACACGAUGCUGGAAUCGACCCAAAGCGUAGGAGGUUUGACGAAGCUCGUUGUUUACCGGAGGUUUUUGGCAAGCUGGCUGCCGAGUAGAGCGCUGCAUAAGUUCAGACGAGAGAUGGAUUGCCUUUGUAGUUGAGCAACGCAUGACUUGGCUGUCAGCAGAUGGCUAUGGAACUGUCCGAGCUCGUCACGGGAAACGACGUAUAUACAGCAUCCAUAUGAGACUUCCGAAGCAACAAUUCAGACUGUAUUGGCGGUUUUCACAUGGAGAGUACCUGUAGCUUGUCUGUUCUGAGCGGUGCUCUUAGGGAUGUUCUGUUGGUCGUCCUAUGACUAGUGUUCUGCCCAAAGGACUUGAACAAACAUCUUCGAUUUCAUCACUACGGGUCCCAGAAGGCCAAGCGCAUUGAAUGGUCGCUACAUCUUGGGUACGACGUCUCGUUUAGUUGCGACAUCCACUGGCAACAGAGUUGGAAUCUUGAACUGACUGGGGAAACCAGUGAAGUCACAAAGUCUUUUCCUCCGGACAGAGAGCGAUCAAUUUCUAGUUCUAGUUUGGUUUUCCACAACUGACGAGAAACGCUGGCGCUGGUGAGAAAAGGGCAUUGUUAGUUGCCCAUUCUCGUAAGACGAAGUCUGCUUGGUGCAACAUGUCCAUCAAUUGCCGAAAGGUUUCGGGGAGCUCAACUUGGUCGUCGGCGCCACUGCACGUCUACGUAUGUUCCUUUGUUGAUGACAGAUAACGCCAAUGGAAGGCGAUCUGUAGUUAGGGAAGCUGUUGAGGCCGUAGGUCUUUUUCUCCGGAAAAGAAUCUACAAAUACUUCCGAUCACCUUGAUGCUCCCAGAUCAUCUUCUCAGCGUUAGCGGUCGUGGCGCUUGUACCGAGGAAGACGUAGGUACGUUGAGUACGGUAGAGUACAGAGCUUCCAGUCAACACACGAUCGUAUAUGAUGUUGAAUAGGAUGCUAAAGUGGAGGCGAUAUGCGUACACUUUACACGCGGUUGAAUGGAAGCCGGUGCGUAUAUGGCCUCCACUUCAGCAGCCUAUUCAACGUCAUUUACGACUUUGUGUUAGCUGGGCUGGCUGCGCUGUUGAUCUAAUGUACUGGAUUUCGUUGAGCGAUAACCUUGUAGAGCUUCGACAGUAUCCAUCAAACCCUAGUCGUGUCUUCGUAGUGGAACUCUCAGGGUGCUACAUAGCAUGGUAUGGUGAGCCAUCAUCGACAGCGAACUUCUUCUCCAUGGGCUGGAUAGGACAGAGUGUAUCAUAAGUGCUCCGAGUCGCCGAGUAUUGGAAACAUUUUCUCUCGCAGCUGUAGACGGAAGAUGUACCUUUCAUCCGCAUUUCGUCCAACACGGUUUACUGAAAAUGAUCCUGGAUUUCCCGAAAGCGGGUCCCCUAUCUUGGGAUCGCCACCUAUAGAUCGAGAGCUGGAUCUGAUAUCUUCCCGCAAAAAAUGUUGGUUCUCUAGCACGGUUUUAUGCACAAGCGGGCAGGCAGCGGCGACAGAAAUUUGCUAGUGUUCUAGUAACGGUGGAACUGACUGAUGUUGAGCUGGAAAUCAGUCAUCGUUGUGCAUACCGUCCAUCGUUGCGUUUAUCAGUCUAAACAGCUUCCCAGAAAAGCCGUUUGGAAAGCUCUUGAAAACGACGAACAGCGGAUGUCUUGGGACCUGAUAUUAAGGGUGGAAGAUUUGCUUUUCGGUGAAAAUCUGAUCCGUUGUCGAGCGGCCGUCGAUCAAACCGGCUUGAUAUGGUAUCUUUAAUUUCCCCAGUUGGAGAGUUGGAUCAUUUCCCCCCUCUCUUCUAUACAGACGUAGUCAUUUCUUUCGUUGUCAUGGUCUCCCCGGCCUGCGUUAUUCAUGUCAUUCAGGUUCUCAUCGGAAUACUGUUUCCACCUCAUUCACGCUCAUCCGCCAAUAUGGUUUGCGUCCUUAUUCCUGCCCAUUUCAACCUGUAGACGAAGCUGGUGUGGGAUAUGUGGAGUUUCUAGUGGAACUUAUAUAUUUCUUGGUUAAACAUUAAGUCCGUCAUUGAUCGGCUCUCUCAAAAACCAGUCUGGUAUUCGCCGACGAAGGACUCCUCAAGUGGUCUCAGUCUGUUGACCAGGACACGUAAUAGUAUCUUGUACGGGUAACAUAUCUGUAAUUUGUACACUCUACUCUGUGUCAUUCGAAUAAAGAGCGAGCAAGGAGUUCAAAUUAACGGAGAUGAUUAGGCGCGGUGGCAAAUAUGCAUACGUUUAAACGCUUAAAUCGAUUCAUUCCCAUGAAAGGCAUGUUUUCUCGUUCUCCCCUACAACAUAUACCAGAGGUUCCCAAACUUUUUGCUAUCGCGGCGCCUUUUGAAAAGUUCGAAAAUGUCACGGCGCACCAACAACUUUUAACAAAGAUUUUUUAUCAUUUUAACUCUUUCAGUUCAAAAUUUCAAAUACAAAUUGUAAAAAAAAUCCGUCUAUGUUAUGCUUUCUUCAAAUCUGAAAUAAAGGUUCUUAAAAUGAAUUGUUUUAACGAAAAUUACUUGAAGAUUCACAGAACUUUACAAACAAAAUAUUUUGUGUGGAUAUUUUCAUAAUGAAGCAUCCUGAAAUUUGGAAAAAAUGGAUAUAAAAAUAGAUCAUCUAGAACCUGUCUGGACAACUGUUUAAUAAUUUCUGCAUCUCAAAGAACAUUUUUAGAAUCCCGCAAUUCAAAAACUUGGUAAAAAUCCAAAACUUUUAUUAGGAUAUCGCAAGUUCUGUAAAACAUUAGAAGACUAUGGAAUAUUUAUUUUUUAAAGUGGAGAUAUGACAACGCCAAACCUCAAGUACAAAUCUGAAGGUCUGAAUGUUGAUUUGCACUGCAAAGUUAAUCAAUAAGCUAUCACCAACAAGAAACUUAUCGAUCAUCUUUUCAGCGCAAACCGUGGUUUUCUAAUUUGUGCACUUGAAAAUUCAAGGUUUCGUCAAAUAUUUACCUCAAUUAAAAUUUUGGAAGAGGAAAACUCCCUUUGCGUGACUUUCUUUUUCGAAGUCUUCCUCAAGAAGACAAGGAUUUGGAAUUGAAUUAUAAAAGGUUGGGAGGCGACACUAGUUUUACUAAAUAAAUCAAAAUAUAUAAAAGGUGUAUCAUGUUUUGAAAAAUUAGAGUUUGAUCCAUUGGUUUUGAUUCAAGAUCCUGCGGCGCACCUGAAGAAUGUUCGCGGCGCACCAGGGCGCCGCGGCGCACAGUUUGGGAAGCACUGACAUAUACUAUUGAAGCAUGUUUUUGUAAGCUUAUGUUGCGAAUGGCUGAAAAUAUCACACGUGCUGCUGCCAGCUGAAAACGUUAUCAUGAUGAAACGACCAAUGCAAUGUCCUCACUCCACAGUCCAGAAGCACGAACAACAACAAUCUUCCCACACGUGUGUCGUAUCCUAGUUAUUUCAACCUCCUAUGAAGAGGAACGCUGCAAAAUUUUGGCACCUUCGCUUACUUGCGUACAUCUAAUGAAGGAGUCUCGCCCAGAAAUCCAUGGUGUUAGUGGAACAAAACAUCAAAACAAAAUUUUCAACAAUAGUCAGAUGAUGUAUACAUCUUCGCAUAUCGUGUAAGCUCAAACAAAGCCGUUUACACGGUCUUGUGAGGGCGGCAGGAUUUGAAGCGAAAUAUUAAUUUCGCCAGAAUAGAAUUCAGCGUAACUGAGGACUAAAUCUGUUUCAUUCUGGGCAUUAUGCUCCAACUCGGCUAAAAUCUAACGAUUAAAGGGAUUGUAACGAACAGACUAUAGAUAGGCUUCGUUUCGAAAUGCUUUUGCAUAUUUUGUAAAUAGUCAUCGUAUCUCGUGAAUAAAACAACAUUCUUAAGCUGUGUAUUGUUGUUUUACACAUGAGUGGGGCAGCAAAAAUGUUCACUUGCCAUGUUUCAAAUGACUGUUUGAAAGAUUUUCGGAAAUGUUUGAUUUAUUACAAGUGAACAUUAUUCUGAAAAAUUCAGUACAGUACAUUUACAAGAUAGAACAAUCUCACAGUUAAUUAAAAAUAAUUUAGUUAGAUAAAUUUUCAUUCCCUCAAGAAUAGCCAAAUUAGUUUUGAUUUAGGUCAAUCGAAAUACCAGUUUAAACAGUUCUUUUUUUUUUUGAUUUCCCAACAAAGAAACUUCAAAAUGUUUGUUCUGUAUAACUUAAAAUAUUUCAAAAAUCUUUCAACUGUCACAAACACAAACAUAAAAAUCUUAAGUCGGAACAACCAUUUUAAUGAGUUGUUGACGAAACAACGGUGGGAUGAGAAAAAGUCCAAAAAUAUUGUACAUUGAAAACACAUGCAGCGAAGCAAACAUGACCGAAGUCAAAAAGUGUGAUCACUUUUUUGUACAUAUUGGUAUACAUAAUUCGUCUACAACAAAAGCAACUUAGAUAUUAAGUAUCUGUGGUACUGUGAAAUAAAAAAUAGGAUUAAAUGGAAUCAAACUGCAUAAUGAUAAGACGUAAGCAUAGAAUGACAUAAGUGAAGCAACCCGCAGUGGAAACAACCCAACAAUCGCAUUUGAAAGGAUAAUGAAACGCUUAUUUUUCGUUUUUGUUCCACUGUAGAAAAAAAGAAAAGAAUAAAAAAUAACAGUCACAGAAUAUGCAGACGACAAAAGCAACAACUUACAAGACAUAAUUAAGACUUUUUUAUAUGGAUGUACCUUCAAGACAGAAUGCAAAAGAAAACAUUUAACAACUAAGACAAAUUGACGAAGAAGGAAAUAUGAAUGCGAUCAUUCGUGCAGACGAGGACAUACAGCACGUAUAGUUAUUCAAGAUAUUUAAAACAAAAUAUUGAUUAGCUAUCAGUCAUAAGGCAAUUUAAAAAAUAUAUUAAGUCAUAAGAUGAAUGAAACAGUCAUGAGCCAAUAUGGAAAAGAGAUGCAAAGAUAAAAAUCAAAUCAUAAAGAUGUCUACACUGUCGGCAGCACGAUACUGUUGCCAAACAAGUAUGAUAUAGCGGUAAGCAGAGAAGAAAAAAAAAUAACAAGAAGCAUUGGAGUAUGAUAUGAAUAUUGGUGAUAAAUACAUUUCAAAAUUAAAAUC